UCUCGAAUCCAAGCUACCGCCCAAAAGGGGAAAAACCACACUCGAACCCUACUGCCCGCCCCAAUGCUCCGCCGCCGCCGUGCCCCUCUCCUCCUCGCGGCCGCGGCGGGCGCGGCCCUGGCGACCACGUCCGCCACCUCCCCUUCCGCCGACGGUCUCGGCGUCGCUUCCACGUUCCACGGCGUCGCCCGCUCCUCCCGCGCCAUUUACACGAUUGGCUUCGUGGUCGUGGACUACAAAUACUCGCUGCGGGGGCUGGUUCCUGGAUCGGCAGAUUACCGGGGUAAGCUCUCCGAGGUUCACUUGAGGUCAGCAAAAAAGCUGCUUAGACUAUGUGAAGCGAAUAGAGGCUUUUAUGUAAAAGCUGGUCAGUUUGUUUCAUCACUAAGACAAGUACCAAAGGAGUACAUAUCAACUCUAUCCUGCCUGCAGGAUCAGGCAACUCCAUGCAAAUAUCAAGAUAUCAAAAUAGUGAUUGAACAAAAUUUGGGCAGGGAUCUACAUGGCAUAUUCCUGGAAUUUGAUGAACAUCCGAUCGCUGCUGCAUCAAUUGCUCAGGUUCAUCGAGGUCGGUUGAAUAAUAAUCAGGAAGUAGCUGUAAAGGUUCAGUAUCCUGGGUUGGAGCGGCGAAUGAAGCUAGACAUAAUGACUAUGUCCCUCUUGUCAAAAUAUGUCUCUUUGAUCUUUCCUGAUUAUAGGUUUGAGAAAAUAUUACUUGAAUUUGAGAGAACCAUGUCAAUGGAACUGGAUUUUACCCAAGAGGCUAAGAAUUCCGAGAGAACUACAAGCUGCUUCAGGAAAAAUGAUGUUGUCAAAGUACCUCAUGUUUUUUGGGAACUGACAACCAAGGAGGUCUUGACAAUGGAAUUUUGUACUGGCCACAAGGUUGAUGACUUGGACUUCCUAAGGAAAGCCGAUAUCAGCCCUACAAAGGUAGCUAAAGCAUUAAUCGAACUGUUUGGUGAAAUGAUAUUUAUACAUGGUUUUGUUCAUGGUGAUCCUCAUCCUGGAAACAUAUUGGUUUCUCCUCGAGGCCAAGGGAGAUUUUCAUUAGUUUUGUUGGAUCAUGGUAUUUAUAAAGAAUUGGACCCAAAGUUUAGACUGGACUACUGUAAGCUGUGGAAAGCAUUGAUAUCGCUGGAUGUGCAAAAAAUUCUGGAGUUAGGUGAACAGUUUGGUGUCGGGAAAUAUGCGAAGUACUUUCCUUUAAUAUUCACUGGAAGGACUAUAGACAGCAAAUCAGCUCUUGGAACACAAAUAUCUGGUGAAGAGAAGACACGUAUAAAGCAGGACUUGAACUCUCUUGGAAUGGAUGAUAUAUCUUCAUUUAUGGAAUCCUUGCCGCCUGAUUUUCUUGUCAUACUUCGAACCGAUGGACUAUUGAGGUCCAUUUUAGGGAAUCUAGGGGCGCCACGUCAUGUUCGACUUCUUGCUUAUGCAAAGUGUGCCAUAUACGGCCAUGAGGAACAGUCCAGAUUGGAGUCCGGUGCAAUCAACCGUAUAACGUUGCAAAUCAAAACAAGCAUUAGCUAUCUCCAUCUGAGGAUACUCAUUGAAUUAGCGAGGUUGUUGGUGCAAUUUAAUGACUACAAGCAUAAGGCCAAGGACAAAUUGAGUUGGAUGCUCCAGAAGAUAAGUAGAGAGGUUUUGGGAUGGUACAAAGCUCUGAUGUGAAUGUGAUGUCCUGCAGCUCCUGCAGCUGGUGAAGUUUGGCAAAUGGGGCUCCAGGAAGGAGGUCAUGCACGUCUCAAGGGAACUUGCAGCUGGAUUCAGCAAAUUGUACAAUUAGAUGGUUGGACGCUGGUGCUACUAAGUUUGUGUUGACAUGAGUGUCAAAAAAACAUCUUACGUUAUGGGACUGAGGGAGUAGUUCAUAGUAAUCUGCUAGGAAUUUAGAUACUUAUUAGGAGUAGUACUCUGUGACACACUAUUAAGAGAAAUUCACACGUGCGUGCAGUCUAGAUAUUGUGUAUGAGAGUGACUGGGAGUGGUAAGUAUCGUGUCAGUGAUUAAUGUUGCCUCAUUUUUCUUAUUCAUUAUUUGUUAUCCGCAAGGCGCAUUUCUCUCA